GCCCUGUGAAGGUGGUGUUUGUCCUGUACAAGAACCUGGGCGCCUUCCUGUCCACCGAGAACGCCACGGUGAAGAUGGAGCUUGACCCGGGGACGGGCCAGUCGCGGAGUGGGCGGGGCCUGGCGGUCAACAGCCACGUGAUCGCCGCCUCCAUCAAGGAGUCCAGCCGGGUGUUCCUCACAGAGCCAGUGGUCUUCACGCUCAAACACCUGCAGAUGGAGAACCACUUCAGCCCCAACUGCUCCUUCUGGAACUAUUCGCAGCACUCCAUGACGGGCCAGUGGUCGUCCCAGGGCUGCAAGCUGGUGGAGUCCAACCGCACGCACACCUCGUGCUCCUGCAGCCACCUCACCAACUUUGCCGUACUAAUGGCCCACCACGAGGCAGACUACUCUGGGCGGAUGCACGAGCUCAUCCUCUUCGUGAUCACCUGGGUGGGCAUCGUCAUCUCGCUGGUGUGCCUGGCCAUCUGCAUCUCCACCUUCUGCUUCCUACGGGGCCUGCAGACGGACCGCAACACCAUCCACAAGAACCUCUGCAUCAACCUCUUCAUCGCCGAGCUGCUCUUCCUCAUCGGCAUCGACAAGACCCAGUAUCACAUCGCCUGUCCUAUCUUCGCCGGCCUCCUGCAUUUCUUCUUCCUGGCUGCGUUCUCCUGGAUGUGCCUGGAGGGCGUGCAGCUCUAUCUCAUGCUGGUGGAGGUGUUUGAGAGCGAGUACUCCCGCAAGAAGUACUACUACCUCUGCGGCUACUGCUUCCCAGCGCUCGUCGUGGGCAUCUCGGCCGCCGUCGACUACCGCAGCUACGGGACCAAGAAAGCAUGCUGGCUGCGAGUGGAUAACUACUUCAUCUGGAGCUUCAUCGGCCCCGUCUCCUUCGUUAUCAUGCUCAACCUGGUGUUUCUCAUGAUUACGCUGCACAAAAUGAUUCGCAACUCCUCCGCUCUCAAGCCUGACUCCAGCCGCUUGGAUAACAUCAAGUCCUGGGCUUUGGGGGCCAUCACUCUGCUGUUUCUGCUGGGUCUCACCUGGGCCUUUGGACUGCUCUUUAUCAACGAGAACACGGUCAUCAUGGCCUAUCUCUUCACCACCUUCAACGCCUUCCAGGGCAUGUUCAUCUUCAUCUUCCACUGCGCCCUGCAGAAGAAGGUCCACAAGGAGUACAGCAAGUGCCUGCGCCACUCCCACUGCUGCAGCCGCUCCUCCACCAGCAGCUCCCACGGCUCGCUGAAGAACUCGGCGCUGCGCUCCAACAACCGCUACUACAGCGGCAGCCAGGCCCGGCACGCCGCGGCCCACAGACAGAGUCGGAUCCGCAGGAUGUGGAACGACACGGUCCGGAAGCAGACGGAAUCUUCUUUCAUGGCAGGAGACAUUAACAGCACCCCGACACUCAACCGUGCGACCAUGGGCAACCACCUCCUCACCAACCCAGUGUUGCAGACUCGCACCGGGACGUCUCCCUACAAUACUCUGCUGGCUGAGAGCUUCACUCCCCCCUCACCGGGGGUCUUCAACUCCACCGGAACCUUUCGUGAACCAAAAAGCAAUCUCUCCAAAACCCGGGACCCGUGUGGGAUGGAGACCCUGCCCCUGAACGGGAACUUCAACAACAGCUACUCACUCCGCACCGGCCCGGGCGGAGUCGGAGGUGGAGGAGGCGGCGGUGGUGGUGGUUUUGUUGGCGGCGGCGGCAGCGGCGGCGGUGGUGCUGGUGGCGGCGGCGGUAGCUGUGACUUCCUGAGCAGUGGGACCGGGGCCAGCCCCCCUCCCCUCCUGAACCCCCGCAGCUCAGAGACGUUGGGUGGUGGUGGUGGGGGCGGCGGUAUACGGCGAAACCUGUCGGACGCGGCGGCCUUUGAGAAGAUGAUCAUCUCUGAGCUGGUGCACAACAACCUGCGUGGCGGCGGCGGCGGCGGCGGCGGCGGCGGCGGCGGCGGCGGCGGCAGCGGCGGCGGCGGCGGAGGAGGAGUGGGCGGCGGAGCUGACAGGGUGAGCGGCAGCCUGGCCCAGGGGCGACCGCACGGCGCGUCCGGCCGGGGGGGCUCCGCGGGGGCGGGCGCCACGACGGGCCCCGAGGGUCUGGGCGACCCCGGGGACGACUUCCAGGGCCGGGAGGGGCGCCAGCGCACGGCGCAGGACGUGGAGCUGCUGUACAAGGCCCUGGAGGAGCCCCUGCUGCUGCAGCGCGCCCAGUCCGUCUUCUACCAGAGCGACCCCGACGAGUCGGAGAGCUACGCGGCCGAGCUGACGGAGAGCCUGGGCCACAGCGGCCACAGCGGCCCGGGGGGCAACGCGCCGUCGUCCGAGUCCCCCGCCCGGGACUCGCUGUACACCAGCAUCACCAACCUGCGGGACUCUCCCUACCCGGACAGCAGCCCCGAGCCCCUGGAGGUGGCCCCCCGCUCGGCCCAGCCCCCCGAGGAGCUGUACUACAGCUCGGGACGUCCCGCGCUGGGCUCCCGCGGCGCCCCCAUGCAGACCUUCUACCAGGCCCCGGCGCGCAGGCCCAGCGGGGAGGCCCACCCGGCCGAGGUGCCCCCCCACGGAGAGGGGGACGGACAGAUGCAGCUGGUGACCAGCCUGUGACUGGACGGCCGGAGGCCGGAGCCCGCCUCCUGGAGGCUCAGGGCGGCGGCGUACGGGAAGGCCCGGGCCGCCUCUUGAGCCUCAGCCUCCCCCACCCGCCCCGCCUCCGAUGAGCCCCGCCCA